GUGCGCGCAACGGUUGGGGUUCGCCAGUGUUGCACGAAACCUUGCUUUCGCGACGCGGCGGUUCGUUCACGGUGAAAGAACCGCAGAAACAAAUUUUUAUUCACGUUUAUUGGGGGGCCGAAUUAAUCAAGUUAUUAUUACGCGAUACCUGCGUAAACGUGGCGCGUUGCAUAUCGUGAUAUCAUCCAUCGGCUCGCGAUCACGGUUGUCGAUCCUUAACCUCAAACAAUAAAUAAAACAACGAUGUCAUCGAAAAAGGAUACCAAGAAUCUGUGAACGUGUUUAACUUUAGUGAAACGUGUAAAGGUUUUAUCAGGUGGGAAAAGAGCAUAACAAGAGGCCUGGAAUUAAUUUUUCAGCCUCGUCCAGGACACGGUUACGAUCCGUGUCCGUACGGUGUGCUACUUUGAUAAUAGGGUUCAGGUGUACAUUGACCUAGAAGUGAGUAGUAUCCGAGAACGGAACGGAUCGCGACGGAAACGAAAGGUAAACCCUGGCACGAUGCAGACUAUGGGCGCUACGAGGGGACCGACUCACCUGGUUGCCCUUUACGUGGCGACGGCCGGUCUCCAGGGUAAUGCUCUCGGUUCUGAUGAAGAGGAAAUCACACUAUUGGUUUAUGUGCUUAUCGACGUACUACAGAAUAAGGUGCUGGGAAGGCAACAAUAUAUUGUACGACCGAUGGUAAUGGACGAAAGUUGUACACCUGGAACCGGUAGCGACAAUCCGGCAGUUGCCGGAAGUAGCGGAGUCAUCAGUGAAGCAGCAUUGGCGCAUGCUCCAGCGUUAACUGAGAGGACAGUUCGAGAACACGGAAUUCCUUUAGAGCAAGCCAUUCAACAGUUUGAAGCAUGGUGGUCUUCCAUGUCGUGCGUGACAUCCGGUUCCGCACCACGUUUCGUCGUAGACGGACAGGCGCCGAUGAGACAAUGCUUGCAUCCAGAGGCAUGUAACAAAGACAUCGACGUGCCAGAACAUUAUACUCUCUUUCAUGAUCUUCGAAAGGAAUUUGUUGCCUGUUAUUCAACCCAUGGAGAACUUUCAACAUUUGGAAUACAAGAAAUGUUGGAAUAUUUCGGUCUACCAUUAGAUACUGAGAAUGAUUAUCAUGUAAAAGAAAUACAAGAUAUGAUCUGUGUAAUACAGAGAAUGAUAAAAGAUGGUCACAUCUUCCAAAAUCCUGAAACAGUUAAUAUUAUUUUAGAACCUGGUAUAUGCUCAAAAGAUGAAGAAGUUGAUAAUGGUUGUGUAGUAAGAGCUAGAGGUCUUCCUUGGCAAUCAUCUGAUCAAGAUAUAGCAAAAUUUUUUCGUGGCUUAAAUGUUGCUAAGGGUGGUGUAGCUCUGUGUUUAAGUCCUAUGGGAAGACGUAACGGGGAAGCAUUAGUACGAUUUGUUAACAAAGAACAUAGAGACAUGGCAUUAAAAAGGCAUAAACAUCAUAUGGGUGGAAGAUAUAUAGAAGUCUAUAAGGCAUCUGGAGAGGAUUUUGUUGGUGUAGCUGGUGGAACUAGUGGUGAAGCUCAUGCAUUUUUAUCUAGAGGAGCUCAAGUUAUUGUUAGAAUGAGAGGCUUACCAUAUGAUUGCAUUGCUAAACAAGUGUUGGACUUCUUUUUAUCAGGGCAAAAGCCUUGUCAUGUAUUGGAUGGAGAAGAUGGUGUUUUAUUUGUGAAAAAGCCAGAUGGUAGGGCAACUGGAGAUGCAUUCGUUCUUUUUGCAAAAGAGGAAGAUGCUAUGAAAGCCUUAAGUAAACACAGAGAUUGUAUCGGAAGUCGAUACAUUGAACUUUUUCGAAGUACGAUUGCUGAAGUUCAACAAGUUUUAAAUAGGGCAAUAGAUCCUAAACAAGUUGUACUUCCAACACCACCUAUUCCACAGCUCCCUCCUAUAGUUCCACAGCAUAUUAUCACUUCUGGUACGCGUAAGGAUUGUGUUAGAUUGCGUGGUCUUCCAUAUGAAGCUCUCGUUGAACACAUUCUUGAGUUCAUGGGCGAACAUUCUAAGAAUAUUGUUUAUCAGGGUGUACAUAUGGUUUAUAAUGCUCAAGGUCAACCUUCCGGUGAAGCGUUUAUUCAAAUGGACAGUGAAAGUUCAGCAUAUGCAUGUGCAUCGCAGCGACAUCAUCGUUAUAUGAUAUAUGGCAAAAAGCAACGGUAUAUCGAAGUAUUUCAGUGCAGCGGGGACGAUAUGAAUUUGGUAUUGACAGGUGCAGUAACUCCACCAUCAACCAAGGCUCUACUAUCACCCGGUACGUUGACCACACAAACUCCCGCAACUUUGACACAUCCGCCUCCGCCGACGCCGGUACCGGUACCGGUACCGACGGCACAACCUCCCCUCUGGGACAUUCACGCGUUAGUACAGGCUCAAGCCCAAGCACAAGCGCAGGCUCAAGCGCAAGCUCAAGCUCAGGCUCAAGCGCAGGCAAUUCGAAAUCAAGACUUUUGGUUAAUGGCUCUAGCCUCAAAUCCUCCUCCCACAUCUACAACUCCUGCUUCCCCUACUUCAUCAGCUACGACUAAAACACUUGCUCUACCGGGUCCGAAUCCACAGCAUCAGAUUCCUGCCUAUGCCGUGGCACCUUCAGCAGCAGCUGCAGCCGCUGCGGCUGCUGCAGCGCUUCAUGCUCAACCACCCGCGCCAACACCUUUCUUACUCUUUAAUGUACCCUCUCGAAUUCCUAUUUUACGGGCACCGGCACCGCAUAGUCUUCUGACACCUAUUGUUCAGGCUGCCCCUAUUAAUCCGGCUGCCAUAAUGGGACUAAAGAGAACUUGGGAAACUGCAUUUCCACCUGAUACAUCAAGCACCGUCGCGAAACGUGCUACAUGGCACACACCGGCGACUGCAUUUCACGCGCAAGCUCCAGCUGCGGCACCAGGCUUGCCUUAUCCUGCUCAAUUUUAUCCUCAAAUUUAAAAUAUUGUUAAAAUAUUGAUUAUGAUCGUACAUUGUGUGGCCGAUAUGUCUUCUUUUAUAAUGAAUCUUUUUUCUAUGUAUUUUUUUAUGCCAUUGUAAGUAGAUUUUGAAAAACGUUCAAUAAUCAUUCGUUCCUUCAUACAUUUCUCGUAGCUGUUGCAACAGAAGGUUGUGAUUUUGAGACAUUUAUUUCUUUAUACGACGUAUAGACAAACUUAUUUUAAUUGCAUCAUUAAUGUGUGAAAGUGUGUUAAAAUGGAUGAUUUAUAUUCUUCUACGAAUAUAUAUGGUAAAUUUUGUUCAUGAUAAUUAUUUACAAGCGACAUUCCGCAUGAUAUUUUGUGCAACCACUUUUUUUCGUAUCAGUACAUUAAUACGGUGACUGUUAUUUUUAUUAGCUCAUUUUCUCUUAAAUCUUUUUCCUUAGAGAAUAUAUACGUUACAUAUAUAAUCAUUUCAGAGUUGGUAUUUUAUACUUAAUUGUGCAACAGUACUUAGAAUGAUUUUCUUUUUAUGUUACUUUCUUAUGUAACAUAAGUUUUUUGACUGUCACGU